AUGGGACAAAUCAAUACAACAAUUCGUUCCCACGUACAAAAACAAUAUCAACUCGUAAAGAAAAAACCGGAGAGGGAAUACUUGACAAUAGAGGAAGCUAAAAAAUUACAAUCACUCGAUGAAUAUCCUAUUGAUUUUAAAAAACUCGCAGUUUUGUUCAUGUUAGAUUUUGAUAAGAAUGGAAAAUUUAGUCUUGAUGAUUUAAUGAAAUUUACUGAUUGGUGUGGAUCAGUGACGGAGCAUUUAAAAACCGAUCAACAUGGUUUUAAAAGUGAAUUACAAGCCCAAUGUACUCUUCAUAUGUGGAAACAAAUUAAUACAGCAAGAAAUGGAAAAAAGGUUUUUGGAGAUUGGUUUGUUCGUGUGUUUUCUGUUGGACAUAUUAUAAAACUACCAAAACAUCCAAAAACUCAUUGGGUGAGCAUUGAUACUGCGAGUGUAAUUUAUGAAUUAUUGUCAAUCAAGGAAUUAUAUGGUAUUUCAACUCAACAAUUUAUUGAUUUAAUGCAAGCUGUCGGAGAAGAAAAAGGAUUGAUGCCUCGUGAUGAAGAGGAUUUGGAUGAAGUAGUUCCAACUGAAGUUAUUCAUGAUUUUGCUGUUGCAUUCAUAACAGGUUUUUUAAACAUGAUGAGCUCAUUGGGAUUCUCUCCUCAAAAGUAUUUGACAACUUCUGUUGCUUUAAAUGUGGAUAAUUUACAUAGUGUUGGAACUCCAGAAAAUACAAAUCAACCAAAUAGUUCAACAAAUGAAGUAACCAAUACACAACAAGAUAAUGUAAAACCAGUACCUAUGUCAUUCCCAAUACCUAAACUUUCAGGUAUAGGAUCUGCAAAUACUCAACCAAAACCAAUCACAACACCUAUUACCACAACAGCUGUCACUUCACCAACAGAAGACUCUGAUGAGUAUUCAAGUGAUGAAAGUGAUGGAGGAGAAGCACAAAAACCAGAACCAACAAAACUUGGAAUACCUUCUCUCAAACUUAAUACGAACAAUGCAACUGUUCCACCUUCCUUUAAAUUGAAUAUUCCUACCAAAGAUACAAAUUCCUCAAAUACUACAAAUACCACCAAUUUACCAACCAAUAAUCUUGCAGUUCCAAAAAUGAGUAUUCCUGGAAGCAAGGUUGACUCAAUUGUACAUAGUGGAAGUGGAUAUUCUCUAUCACCUACUGCUUCAGCAUUUCUCCUUCAAGACCAAAACAACUUGGAGAAAUUAGAAGAAAAACAGUUUUCAGAAGAAGAUCUCAGUGAAAAGGAUGACCCAGCAUCAGAUGAUAGCGACUAUUCAAGUGAAGAUGACAUUGAAGACGAACCACCAAAAGAAGUUAAACCUUCCACAAAACCAGUUAUUCCAGCUCUAUCUCUUAAUCUUGCAGGUGCUAAACCUCAACCAAGUACAAAACCAUUCAUUCCAACCUUAUCAAUGAGUAAGGCCACAACUCAACAACCUACUGAAACUGAUAAGGUUUCUGUGAAUGGAAUUUCCAUGAAAAAACUCAAGCUCUAG